AAUCAAAUCAGCAGCUGAUUAGGGGGAGAGGUUUAGAUACAAAAUUUUCAAUCCAAAGACAAAAAUGGACCGAGCAAUGCCAAAAUGAGACAGAGACGCUGAUUUCUUGCACUGUUGACCUGGAAUUGCAAAUUUGAUUUUUUUCGUGUUUGUUUCCCUCGCUUCCGCAGUUGUUCUGCGUUCGCUGAAGCCAUAAACUCGACUCGGAGCCGUCGUCUUCAUCGCAUAACUUGACCCAAUUGACAUGGAUCCUUGAGUUUGAGUUGCUUCGAUUCACACAGUAUGUCUUCGAUGGAGCUGUCACAUAGUUUGAUCCUCAACGAGGCGGCCCUCGCUCCGAUUCCAGACGAUAAGAAACCCAUCUUUAUUUUGGAAUGGCUUCGUUUCGUCGACAAAGUCUUGUCAGCAGCACACAAGUCGGACAUAAAGGAGUGCCAAGGCCAGCUGCUCGAGCAGCUGAUCAGCUGCAUGCAAAAUUCACCUGGCCCUCCGAUCCGCAGACUGAUUGGAAAGUGUCUCGCCACUCUUUUCAGCGUCGGAGACACCUUCAUGCUCUUUGACACCGUUAACAAAUGCAAUGACAUCCUCAAGGUCAGGGAUGAUUCACCGAGUUUCCUGCCCACUAGAUUGGCUGUGAUUUGUUGUUUGGGGUGCAUGUACGAGAAGCUGGGACGAAUGAUGGGCCGGUCGUAUGAAGAAACGUUGCAAAUUUUAGUCAAAACCUUGAAAAACGCCGAGUCGCAGACGCGAAUUGAAAUUAUUUGCACGUUCGAAAAGAUUUGCACUGGAAUGGGAAAUGCAAUUACCAAUGUGCACAAGGAGAUCUACAAGUGUGUGAAAAAUUACAUGACAGACCGGGUCAUGGCUGUGCGCUGCGCUGCUGCAAAAUGCCUGCUCGGAAUGCUUCAGCAUGCUCCAUUUUUAUACACAACAGAAUUGGAAAACGUCGCACUCCUCUGCAUUCGCUCCUUUGACGGCUCAAAUUAUGAAGUUCGGUGCUGGGUGGCUAAGCUGCUGGGCACAUUGGUUGCCAAGACGCAAAUGACGGUUAGAUUGAUUUUCAUAAAAUGUAUCACAUCAGCUAAACAAUUUAAGCAGGACGGCAAGGACGCUGCUGGCAAUAAAAAUAACGGACCUGCUCAAAGUGGUGGAAAGAACGUGAAAAAUUUGACGAUUGAAGAAGCGCUGGGAAUUCUGCAGUCUGGAUUCAUCAAAGGCAGCGGCGCCGGGUUUUUGAAAGGCACUGGAGAGAUGAUCAAGGGCACUUCCAACGUUUGCAGGGAAAUCAGAGUUGGGAUUUCACAUUCCUACGUCAUGUUCGUGCGAGCUGUUGGGCCAGAUUGGCUUGAAAGAAACAUGCAGCCUUUUGUGAACCAUCUGCUGGAACUAGUCGCCAACCCCAAAGUGGCUGCCAGCCAUAUGGAUGCGGUCUACUCCAGGAAGUGCAUCAGCCAUGUGUUGCGUUCAACGCUCGGGCGAAUGCUUGGCGAAAGAGCCCAGCUGGCUGCCUGCAAAGAACUCGCAAUCUGCAUUGCAAAGCACCUUUCCACUUCUGAAGCUCUGGCUGAAAAUGCGAAGGAAAGUGCUCAAGACUCUAUGUAUAACCAGCACAUGCUGGUGUGCGCCCUGCAGGAAAUGGGCUGUUUGCUCGUUAGUCUGGGCACCACAGCCUCAAGUAUUUUGAUCGACGCUCAGUCAGGUCUGAUCAACGCAACGUUCGCGCUCUUAGUCCAUCCUUGCCAAGCUGCUCGGCUCGCCGCAGCGUGGUGUUUGCGCUGUGUUUGUGUCGCAGUGCCCUCCCACACGACUCCACUCAUUGACAGAUGUCUGGAAAGAGUGGAAAGCAUGAGGAGCUCUCCUGAAGCCAUUGCAGGAUACAGUUGCGCUUUGGCUGCGAUUUUAGGUGGCGUUCGCCUUUCAGCUCUCGGUGUGCCUCAUACAAAGGGCAAAAUAAUAUUCAACACUGCUGAAGAACUUUUGAGAAGCGCCAGCCAAAACAGUCGCCUGUCGAUGAACAGGACGCAAGCAGGAUGGCUUUUGAUUGGAUCUAUCAUGACGCUAGGUGUUCCAGUCGUGAAGGGACUACUGCCCAGGAUGCUUCUGCUCUGGCGGAACUCAUUUCCUAGGUCGAACAAGGAACUGGAAUCAGAGAAAGCCAGAGGGGACGCGUUCACCUGGCAGAUCACCCUGGAAGGCCGCUCAGGGGCUCUCUCGGCCAUCCACAGCCUUCUCUACCAUUGCCCUGAGCUGGUCACUGAUGACAUUGUCCGCCGCCUGCUCACUCCUAUUGAAUCGGCCCUUGCCAUGCUCACCAACAUUUCUUCCGUUCUGAAAUCGUAUGGGCAGCAACUGAAGGCUCCAGCUGCCAUGGUUCGCCUCCGUCUCUACGAGACUCUAACACUCCUGCCAUCGCACAGCUUUGAAAGCUCAUACACUCACCUGCUGAGGCUUCUUGUGUCUGAAUUCACGCUGGCGGAAAAUCCAGCAAAUACAGCCACCUCUCUCUUGAGGAGCAUGUACCACGCAGAUGAUAACAUCUUGUUGGGAUCGUGCCUGCAAGAAAACGAUCACAAGCAAAUUGAAGACCAGAUUGAGCACUCACGACGUAUUGAGUCGGAAGCUUUGCAAGGCAUAAGCUCUGCUGGAUCAGGCGCCCUGGAACAUGACAUCUGCUGCUUGUAUCGACCUGAACUCUCGGAGGACAACUUUGUUCCUGGUCCGAUUCCGUUGGGCGUUGCGGUUAUCGACCAGUCACUCAUUCUAUUCGGCCAAAUCUUCCUGAGGGUGGCACCAAAACACAAACUGCAAAUGUUGACGCACUUCAGCGAGUGCAUCAAGCAGGCAAAGUCCACCAGGCAGGAAGUGGUGCUGCUCAAUGUGUUCACCGCUCUCUUGGGAGGUCUGAAGGGAAUGGCCGAGUCAAAGAAUAAUGGCGGUCUGGGCACUGAGGAAGUGAAAAAGGCCAUGGUGACGCUGAUCCAGAGCGGACUCACCAGCCCCAACCCUGUGCUCAGGUACGCAAGCGGAGAGGCGAUUGGGCGGCUCGCACAAGCCGUGGCUGAGCCCAGGUUCACGGCUGACCUGGCGCAAUACAGCUUUGACCGGCUCACCUCAGCCAGAGAUGCCACUUCCAGGACUGGACACUCGCUCGCUCUAGGCUGUCUUCACAAGUAUGUUGGAGGUCUUGGCUCAAGUCAGCAUCUGAACACUAGCAUCAGCAUCCUGCUGGCGCUGGCCCAAGACCUAGCAUCGCCUGUGGUUCAACUGUGGUCGUUGCACGCCCUGGCGCUAAUCGCUGACUCCGGAGGACCCAUGUUCCGCGGCUACGUCGAGCCGACCCUGUCCCUGGCGGUGAAGCUUCUGCUGACAGUGCCACUGUCCCAUUCUGAUGUGCACCAGUGCAUCGCAAAGGUUCUCUCGGCCCUCAUAACCACUAUUGGGCCUGAAUUGCAAGGAGGAAGCAACACAGUUUGUGCUGCCAGAUCUCUGUUCCUCUGCUCCUGCGCUGUCCUUCAAGACCAUGAAAAUCCAGCUGUCCAGGCCGAGGCGACUGCGUGCUUGCAGCAGCUGCACUUGUUCGCGCCCAGACACGUCAACCUCUCUACGUUGGUUCCAACCUUGUGUAACAUGCUGUCCAGCAGCCACUUGCUGUUGCGCAAAGCUGCAGUUUCUUGUCUGCGCCAGCUGACUCAAAGAGAGGCCAAAGAGGUUUGCGAAUACGCAAUGACGCUGACAAAUGAGAAUGGAAAAGAAAGCAUUGAAGGUUUGCACAUUGAUGAGUUGGGUCUGCCUGGCGUCUUGUUCAGCAUGCUGGACACUGAGAGCGAUCACACGCUCGUCACACACAUCCAUGACACUCUGACCAGCAUGCUUCAGAUUUUAGCUGCAGAGUCCCUGACACAAUGGCUCCUCCUCUGCAAGGAUGUAUUGACAGUUUCGUUUGAAUCCAGUGUGAAAGAGGAGGCUAAGGCCCUGGAGAUGAAUCCUGAUGAUUUUCAACUGGAUGCAGAUGAAGACGAAGAUGACAAUGACGCAGCGGAAUUCAAAGCCUCUGAUUCCAAGGGAACAAGAGCGAAGAUCGCGCCUCGCUGGCCGACCAGAGUGUUCGCAGCGCAGUGCGUGAGAAAGAUAAUCGCGUCCUGCCAUUCCUCGGCGCAAGCUGAAAUCCACUUUGAUUUGGCUAAGGCUAAACAGUGCAAUCUUACUAGAAGUCGCGGAAGUGACUUCUUGGUGCUGCACUUGGCGGAGCUGGUGCGAAUGGCCUUCAUGGCAGCCACCAGCGACUCCGACCCUCUUCGCCUGGAAGGUUUGGAGACCCUGCAGGACGUGAUUGACAAGUUCGCGCACGUGAUGGAGCCAGAGUUCCCUGGGCACCUGCUUUUAGAGCAAUACCAAGCGCAGGUGGGAGCCGCCCUGAGGCCCGCUUUCACUGCGGACACGCCGCCCACCGUCACAGCUGCUGCCUGUGAGGUGUGCUCGACCUGGAUCGGCUCUGGGGUCGCCAGGGACCUGAACGACUUGCGCAGGGUGCAUCAGCUGCUGGUGUCGUCGCUUGACAAGCUGAGAACCGGUCCUGCCAACAGCAAGGCGGCCGCUCCCAGAUUGUACAAUGAAAGUUUGACAACUCUCGAGUGCUUGGCCAUACUUAGAGCGUGGGCAGAGAUUUACAUCGUUGCAAUUGGAAGCACGAAAUCAGAUGAACGCAUUGAAGACGACGUGCAACGCGAAGGACUGCUCCAGCUCGUCAAACCUGAGCUGCCUAAUUUAUCGCAACUGUGGCUCUCCGCACUCAGAGAUCACGCGUUGCUCUUACUCCCCCAAAAUUAUUCAAGCCAACUGCCACACGACGGCGGUGCGUUCUACACGUGCGACACGAUUGAGGCGUCGCGGCCACAUUUCGUGUCAGCGUGGCCUCCCCUGCUGCACGCCAUUACCCUGUGGCUGACCAGAAGUGGUGGCUACCAGCAACUUGAGAAAAAUGGAUCUGACUGGAACAGCAAAAAUGCUAACAGGCAGAGUGGCAACAUCUGUAAAGACACCUUCCACUUGAUGUUUGGUAUUUGUCUGGAGGCGCUGUGCUGCCCUCGCUCAUCGCAGCCGAUCAGCAGCAUUUCAACAUGUCUCAAGGCACUGAUCACCAUAAUGGAGUCACCGAAGUCACACACGUAUCUCAUAGCUGAGGACUCCAGUUCUCUGGCUGUUGAACUUUGCAACGUGCUGCACAGACUAAUGCUGACCAGAGACAGCGCAUCAAUACAGCUGCUCGUCAUGGAUGCAUUGAUGCUUGUCCUUGAGGCUGGAAAGAUCAGCCUGGAACGAAGCCAGGCCAAAAAAGUUAAAGAAUUAGUGCCAGCUAACCAGGAAUGUGACACGCAACAACUACCAGAGGUUUUGUCCUUGGGCGAGGGAGGAGCCACUGGCCAGCUGAAAGCCAAUGAGUCGGUGGUGUUCGCGGCCCUCGAGGUGUGUCUUUGUCUGCUCACUCGGCAGCUGCCCAACCUGAACCCUGUCGGCGGCAAGAACCCCACCAGCCUCUUGCACUUGCCCUCACAGGGCGCCCAGUCCAAGCUGCUCAUCGCCUCGGCUCUGCAGGCGCUAAGCGUUCUGCCCAGUCUCUGCUCUCCCCAAGGAAUUUUGACUGUGGCACCGACCCUGCUGUAUCUAGCGACAGGGGUGAUUGAGGAGUGUGCCGUGGAAGGGAGGUGCGAGGCGACUAGUGAGCCAGUGGUUUCCACCCUGCAGUGCCUGCGCUCCCUGGCGUCGCUGAAGCUGGCCAAACAAGACUCAAGCGAGGGCGCGCAGAUGCGCAAACUCCUACAGUCUGCCCUGGGAAAGCUGCUCGACCUGGCCAAGACGGCCGGCAGCGAGCAGACGCGGCUUGACGCCACCACCGUUCUCCUCGCCAUCGCCGUCUUCAUCCUGCACUCCUCCCCAGAGGUUAUCUGCACGCCGACCCUUCUCUACCCAUGCGUAAACCACUUCAAGCUCUGCAUGGAGAGCAAUAAUGCCACGGUGCGGCUGCAGUGCAUACAGACGCUGCGAGCGGUGUUCCAGAUUCCGGAGCAGAAGGUGGCGGUGGCUUUCAUCCACAACCUGGCUCCACGUCUCAUCGAAAUCCUGCAUUUACUCACCAGCAACAAGAAUCAGCUGAUGAAUGAGAACCAAAUCGCCGUGGCCGUCGAAGGACUGAAAACUCUUGAGAGCCUGGUCAUGCUGGCUAAGCCACAAAACCAGAGAAGUAAAGCUGGGAUGCAGCUGCUUUCGCUUUUGCUGCCGAUCCUGGUGAACUGCCUGAAGGAGGAGCAGCCUGGCAGCAGGGGCGGUGUGUCCAAGCAGACGCAGGUGCUGCACGAGCAGAGUCUGGGCUGGUUGAUGCGCAUCGCACCGCAAUACCCCAAUGACUUCAAGCUGCUGAUGAACCAGCUUCCGCAGUUCCGCACCAGAAUCCAGAACGCGAUCAAGAACAGCCAUUCUGUCGCCGCCACCACGUCUGCCGCCGCCGCAAACAAAAACGCGACGCAGCAACACCAGCAGCAGCCCACCAUCAAACUCAAGAUGGAUUUUAGCAAUUUCGCAUCGCAAUAAUUCGUUUAUUUAUAUAUUAAAGAGUAUUGUGCAAUGAUUUUUAUACUUUCCUAACAAUGAGUUGCGUUGUAAAUUUCAAUUAAUUAGUCCACGCAACUUUGCUUUAGUUGUAAGGUCGGGGAGAUAAUACAUUUUUUGAUUAUUUGCAUUUUAUUAAUUUUUAACUUGAGUAAUGAGAUGGCUUUUAGCGUGAAAAACGAGUGCUACCUGAUUGAUUAUUAAAAUUAAGGUAAAUAAACGAUUUAGUUUUUGGCGAAAUUGUUGAUAUGUGUGGGUACCAAAAUAAUUAAUUUUAAAACGAAUUUUCAAUCCAGUGUUCAUUCACAUUAUUUUUUCCAGAAAGGCCCCUGAAUUUUUACUUUGGCUUAAAAUAUUGCGAGAUUAACUCAUAAAUGUUUCCAGAUAUGAAACAAUUCCCUAAUAUUAAAAAUUAUCCUAUUUUUCAAACAUUCAAAUAACUUAGAUUAUUUGGUGAUAAAAAAUACUUCAAGAGAAUGUUAGCGAAUAUUUAAAAAUUAGGUAAACUUCUUCAUCUUUCAGAAAUGUCUAAACAUUUCCAAAUCCCAGGACAAACACCUCAGGGAAAUUUCAAGUUUUUCUCAGAAUGUUAAAAAUAACCCAUCAAUCAAUUUAUCCAAUUAAAAAUAUUGUCCAUGAAACAAAUUUCAUCGGAAUUGAGCAAAAAAUUAUUCUAAAUUCAAUUUUAAAAUUUUCGUUUUUCCUCAAUUGUCAAAUGGAAAAUUUCCAACACGAAUCAAAUAAUUUCACCAAAUUUUAAAACAUAGCAUCCAAUUGGAUAGGUGCAAUAAAGACACGUGUCAUAAUUCCUAAAAGGUAGCGAAAUGGAGGUGUUAUAUCUAAUGUUGAAAUGUUUAUUCGAUGAGAAUUUUACGAAAAAUAAAAGAAUACAUUACGGAAUCGAGAA